UGUUUCGUCGAGUACCGUUCAACCGAGCACACAAGACACGCACACGCACACGCGAACGUGCACGCACGCAACAUAUAGCCGCAGCCUCCAUUUUCGCGGUCCAACCGGUGUCGGAGCUGGUCGAAAAAAGGAGCAACUGGUAUACAGGGAGCCGCGGGAGCGGAAAGACGCGAUACCAAAGAAACUGGUUCAUUCAUCCCUCGAGGAGCCGGAGGAACCCAACGGUUUACCUGGACAUCGAGUGACCAGGAGCGAACCGGAAGGGGGGUCGCCCUCCCUUCUCUCCCACUAUUACACAGGGCGGGUGAGCUGCAUCACCCCUUAUGCUUCGGUAGGGGCGCGUUUCACUGCCAAAGCCAAACCCGUCACAGUCAAACUACAACCGCUGACACCGAGAGUUGGGCUCGUGCCGAUUGAACGCCGUAUACAGCCUGGCAGUCGAGUCUUCGCCGAUCGUUUUCACCCGACAACCUCGGAGGGCUGUUGCCAAAUACGUAAUACAUUUUCCACACCUGCGCACCCCCACCAGACUCUCGCCCUGACUCGUUGCGAAGAUACCGCCUUCGAAUCAUUCGACACACCUCUGAGAGGACCUUCGAUUUUAUCGAUAAGAUAGAGACGACGUCGAGUUUAAAACGUGCCCUUGUUUCAUUCUGUUUUUCUACAAUUUUUUUAUACAUUACGAUAACAUCUGCGUUAAACCGACACUAGUACGACGACGUGGAGGAAUAGAAAGCGGUUAACGUGCCGGAAGAAUUACUCGCGCUAUUCCACCUUCGGUGGAGAGUGGAUAGUCGUCGAUUGAGUGCGCGAUAAUAUAAAUACACGACUCUGAUGGCCCAGUGAUGUUCGUUUAAUAUUGAGUUGGGUUGCCAGGCUGGUGCGAAAGUGAGUCAGUGACAUUGUGCUACACGACGAGACCGCGACACAACCCUCAGGAAAGAUGAAACUUUGGAUGUUGAUCGGAGCCUUGGCAGUAGCUCUUCCAGUCCUACCCGCGGAUAUCAGCAGAAAUAAAAACAGAGGACGCGGGUCGAUGUGGUGGGGUAUCGCGAAGGCUGGAGAACCGAAUAACUUUCCACCAGUAUCACCCGCAGUCACACAUAUGGAUCCAGCGAUCCAUGCAACUCUCAGACGAAAGCAGAGAAGAUUGGCACGAGAAAAUCCUGGAGUGUUAAUGGCCGUAGCAAGAGGAGCUAAUCAAGCGAUAGUCGAGUGUCAGCAUCAGUUUAGAAAUCGACGAUGGAAUUGUUCGACGAAAAAUUUCCUACGUGGAAAAAAUCUCUUUGGAAAAAUCGUUGACAAGGGGUGCAGAGAGACCGCUUUCAUCUACGCGAUAACCAGCGCGGCCGUGACUCACAGCAUCGCGAGGGCCUGCAGCGAAGGCAGCAUCCAGUCCUGCUCCUGCGACUACACGCAUCAGUCGAGAGCCCCGUCGGACGUGCGGGACUGGGAAUGGGGAGGAUGCUCGGACAACAUCGGUUACGGGUUUAAGUUCUCGAGGGAGUUCGUGGACACCGGUGAACGGGGACGAAACCUGCGGGAGAAGAUGAAUCUGCACAAUAACGAGGCUGGACGAGCGCACGUCUCGUCGGAGAUGCGAAAGGAGUGCAAGUGCCACGGUAUGUCGGGUUCGUGUACCGUGAAGACGUGUUGGAUGCGCUUACCAAACUUCAGACUCGUCGGUGACAAUCUGAAGGAUCGAUUCGACGGCGCGUCCCGAGUGAUGGUCAGCAACUCGGACAGGAUUCGGGGUAACAGUAACAUGAUAACGAGCAACUCGGCGAGUAACUCGGUCCACGGACAUCGAGAGGGUCUUGGUCGCAAGCACAGGUACAACUUUCAGCUUAAGCCUUACAAUCCGGAUCACAAAUCGCCCGGCGUUAAGGAUUUGGUAUACCUCGAGCCGUCCCCGGCGUUUUGCGAAAAAAAUCCAAAACUUGGAAUACUCGGGACUCACGGCAGACAGUGCAACGAGACGAGCAUCGGCGUCGACGGUUGCGAUUUGAUGUGCUGCGGAAGGGGUUACAAGACGCAGGAGGUCGUGGUCGUCGAGAGAUGCGCCUGCACCUUUCACUGGUGCUGCAAGGUGAAAUGCAAGCUCUGCAGAACUAAGAAGACUAUACACACCUGCUUGUAAGGGUAGCGAGUGUGCGGGAGAACGAGGUGAUAAUUGAUCGAGGCAAAAGAGAGGACGGAGGAUAGACGGAAGCCGAGGAAAUCCUUCCUGGCGAAGGAUCGGCAGAAUUUAUUUUCUUAUUUUUUCUUUUUUAACGAUAAGAAAGCCACGCAAGAAGCUAGGUGCAUAGGUACGAUGUACGUAUAUUCUCGACAACCGAUGUAGAUUACCUCCGACCUAUCCGACAAUUAUAUAAUUAACGUACGUUACGAAUAUCCGACCAAAACUACAAACAUUCGAAAUACCUAUAAUACGUCGAUUAAGAAUAUCUCUUACUAAUUUUCUUCUCGUUUCUAUAAAGUUUCUCUACUUUUACUCACGGUUACUAUCGAUGGAUAAAAACCUGACCACAUAAUUUCAAUGCCCAGUAUUACGCGACACGUAUCAUUAUUUAUCAUAUAUAAUAUACAUAUAUAAUAUUUAGACACGCAUUUAAAUAAGACUGAACAGUGAAGUGUAUUUAGUAGGUGCAUUAUACAGCGAUUCGCAAAUUAUUUAUAUAACAAGUAUAAAUAUAUAAUAUAUAUAUAGAUAUAGAUACAGAUAUAGAUAUAAAUAUAUAUAUAUUAUAUAUGUACUACAAUUAUAGGCGCGAGAGAAUUGUAAAUAAUUUUUACCCACGUAUUUCGUUAUUUACGAAUCGAUAAUCCCUCCUAAUGAUUCACCUGUCUAAAUCCAUAUCUGUAUAAUCUAGCGUAGGACGAUUAAGGUAAAUAUCUUUGAAUUUAUUUAUUGUCAAAGCAGGUGUUUAGUUUGUA